CUGUGAAGUACUGGGGCGAACAGCUGAGUUGUUCUCUUUUCCCUCUCAACAUGGCUCUUCCGUCGUCCACUUCGUUCCUAUUUGCGACAACGUUAACCGUGCUGACUUUCGCUGGAAUGCAAAUGUUCAAAGCAAACUUGGCAUCCAGCGAGUGGAUGACUAUUUUGGGGGGAUUUAUAGGAUCCCAGUUCUUCGUCUUCCUUCUAACUGCAGUAGGAAAUUUGGAAACAACUGUGUUUGGUCGAAAUUUCCAAACAAAACUGUUCCCAGAAGUUAUACUUUGUCUGGUAGUUGCAAUGUUUGCCUCUGGCCUAGUCCACAGAGUUUGUGUAACAACCUGCUUCCUGUUUUCAAUGGUAGCCAUAUACUACAUUAACAAGAUUGCUGCCUCAACACAUGCCCCAACAUCAAACCCUGUCCCUCCACCACAGCUCAAGACCAAGAAGAAUCGCUGAAUUUUAGCUGAAUAAUAGUUUAAAUAUUAACAAAGCUUAGAACCAAGCACAAUAAAGUUCAGUUACUUUUUUCUGAA